AAUAUUCUGAGAGGAAAAGCUUCCGCCUAGGAAUACUGGAGUCGUAAAAUCUAUCAUUGUGUAUUACUUUCUUUUCACGAUCCAGAAGUCUUUGUUAAUCUUAAGUAAGUUCUAAUUUUACAUUUACUAAAUUUACAUUUACAUUUAAGUUAAAAAAAAAAAAAACUAGGCCUAAAAAUGAAUUCCGAAGUAACCGCAUCAUUUACUCUUUAUUUAAAUUGUAUUAAAAAUAUCCAAGAUUUUGAUGGCUCAGAUAAAAACCAGCUUCCCGACUUUAUAAAUCAAAUCAACGAAUUAAUGCCAUGUUUUCAAGUGUUCGACGAGCAAUCGAGAAAAGUCCUCUUUAACUAUAUAAAAAAUAAAUGUUGUGGACUAGUAAGACCCGUUUUGCAUAGGUACGGAAACGUUACGUCUUGGGAAAGACUAAAAGAAAUACUAAUAAAACAUUUUGGGGAAAAGGAAAGUAGUGACGAAUUGAUGGACGCAUUAAAACUAUGUAGAAUAGAAUCCACAAUAGAGCAAUAUUACGACAAAAUAAAUGAAAUUGCCAAUAGACUGCACAAUCGAAUAUUAACACACUCUGACGGGACGUAUACCACUCAAGAAGUAAACAGAAUUUCACUUAGAGUAUUUAGGGACAAUCUUCCUGAACCAACGAAAACAAUGAUUUUUGCCAGAAACCCUCCAUCAUUGGACGACGCAUACAAAAUUAUUGAAGAUGCCCGCCAUCAAAGUUAUACCUUGUAUGGACCAAUUCGAAAACAAUUUAGCAACAAACCCCCUUUUAGAAAAUAUUUCAGUAACGAUAGUAACAAUCAAAAUGAAAGAACUCCAAAUGGAUACCAUAAUCAACCACAAAUAGAGGAAAAUCCUGGCAGUUUCAACAGGCAAAAUACAAAUAGGUAUGAAAAUAGAACCAGUUAUAAUAACAAUUAUGCCGCUAAUCCAUCUAGAAAUUCUAGAAUGUCCUAUAACACUAUCCAGCCUCAACAGGUAGCUAGCCGUAACACUCAAAAUAAUAAUUCGGUAGGUCAAAUGGACAUAGGUAAUAUUAAUACAAAUUUUCAAUUAGGGGACCAGCAAGACUACCCUAUAUAAAACUUCGAUCAUCUAAAAGAGACCUCCUAUUCAUUAUCGAUACUGGAGCGGAAUUCAGUAUCAUAAAUGAAAACAUAUGCCACCCAAAAUGGAAAUCAAACAUCGAAGUACAAAAUUUGGAGCAAAUAAUUAUUCGUGUGAGUUCUUGGAAUACAACUUCCACGAUAUAUUCGAUGGCAUAAUAGGAGGCAACAUAUUAAAUGAUUUAAACGCAAUAAUAAACUAUUCAGAACAGACAAUUACUUUGAAUAACGUUAAACUAAACUUCUACACAAG